UUCUCCUGGAUGAGCCGCUCUGCUCGGAGCCGCCGCUGACAUGCUUCCCUGGAAGAGGAGCAAGUUUGUGCUGGCGAAGAAAGACAAGAAGACGACCAAGGGGGUCAGCUACUCCUCCCUGCUCUCCUCCUUCAUGCGCUCCUGCCCCGACCUGCUGCCCCAGACCGCCCCCCUGGCACGCCUGGGCAAGGUCUUCAGCACCCGCAGGCAGAAGGUGGAGCUGAACGCCGAGGACCCCUCGUACACGGCGUGGUACCUGGGCAACGCGGUCACCCUCCACGCCAAGGGAGAGGGCUGCACGGCGGAGGCGGUGAGCAAGAUCUGGGAGAAGAGCGAGUACGGCGGCUACAGCACCAAGAUGGAGCUCACCCUGGGCCCCUACGGCAUCAGGAUGACCCCCUGCAAGAAAGGCGCCAGGAGGACCGUCCACACCUACCUCCUGCGCCGCGUCGCCUGCUGCGCCGCCGACGCCGGCCACCCCAAGGUCUUCUCCUGGGUCUACCGGCACCAGGUCAAGAACAAGGCGGUGGUGCUGAGGUGCCACGCCGUGCUGGUGUCCCGGGCCGACAAAGCCAGAGCCAUGGCGCAGACCCUCUGCCAGAACUCCCUGGCCGCCUUCCGGGACUUCAAGAGGUUGAAGAGGCAGAGCGACUUCCGGAGGGGGCAGCGGGAACUUUUGGGGGAGCUGGCGGUGCCCAGGAUGCCCCUGAGGAAGGUCCUCAACGGCACCUGUUCUUACAACCCGCCGGCGGAGAGGAGCAAGGCCGUGCCGCGGCUCGGCCCCAUGUUUAAAGGUAAGCGGCUGGAAGGUGACAACACCUCGGGGGUGACAACGGCUGGAAGAGACUGGAAGAACCUGGGAGAGAUUAGGAAAGAUACUGGGGGAUACUGGGAGAGACUGGAAGAGAUACUGGGAGAGACUGGAAGAUACUGGGAGAGAGACUGGAAGAGAGACUGGGAGAGAGACUGGGAGAGAUACUGGGAGAGACUGGGAGAGAUACUGGUAGAGAUACUGGGAGAGAGACUGGGAGAGAUACUGGGAGAUACUGGGAGAGAUACUGGGAGAUACUGGGAGAGAUACUGGAAGAACCUGGGAGAGAUUAGGAGAGAUACUGGGAGAAACUGGAAGAGAUACUGUGAGAGACUGGAAGAGACUGGGAGAGAGACUGGGAGAUACUGGGAGAGAGACUGGAAGAGAUACUGGGAGAUACUGGUAGAGAUACUGGAAGAACCUGGGAGAGAUACUGGGAGAGAUUAG